AUGAACUAGCAAAGCUUCGCCUAAGUCUAUUCUUAAAAGGUUUUAAUGGUUGAACCUACUCAUUUCUUUUUAAAUGAGGAGACAUUCUAAGACAAUAAAUUCAUGAACAAAGUUUAGAUAGAUCAGAGAGAGUCAUCAUUAAAAGCAAUCGAAGAAUUCGGAAAAUUCAAGGAUUUACUCCUCGAAAAUGACAUUGAUGUUUAAGUAUAUAAGCAAUUAACGCCAGAUUUGCCAGAUUCAGUGUUUCCAAAUAAUUGGUUUUCAACUCAUAAAGGGACAGACAUACCAGAUGGCCUAUUUGUUGUGUAUCCAAUGAAAGCCGAAACAAGAGAGAGAGAAAAGAACCCGCUUAUUAUUCAAUAAGAGGGUGUAAAUUAUAAAAAUUACAUUGAUUUGAGAAAAUUUGAAUACUCAACUGCUCUUGAGGGCACUGGUUCACUCAUAUUUGAUACUACUAACAAGAAAAUAUAUGUAAAUCUCUCAGAGAGGGCUGAUGCAUCUCUUCUCACCGAAUUCGUGGAGAAAUUCAACAAGAUCUCGUAAAACCCAUAUAAAUCUGUCGUAUUCAAUGCCGUUGAUGCUAAAAACAAUCCAAUAUAUCACACAAAUGUUAUCAUGGCUCUUCUUAAGGACCAUGCUCUACUUUGCACAGAGUCAAUUAAAGAUGAAGAAGAAAGACAGAGAGUUAUUAGAGAGAUAACAGACGAGUCAUUAAAUAUCUGCCCCAAAAAACUGAUUGAUCUAAAUUAUGAAGAAAUAAAUAACAUGUGCGGCAAUAUGAUCAUGGUUUAGAAUAAGAGAGGAGAGCAUUGUGUAAUUAUGAGUUAAAGAGCAAGAGACAGUCUCAGAAAAGAGUACUUGAAAGAAUUAGAGGAAAACUACAGAAUAGUAGCCAGUGACAUCAACAUGAUUGAAACAAUAGGUGGAGGGUCAGCUAGGUGUAUGGUUGCUGAAUUAUACUGA